AUGGAUGAUUUGCCGAGGCACAGUCACAGAAAGCAUUGCUUAAUUAUUAUUAUAGAGUUAAGAAUAGUGGCUUAAAGGUCCCAUGCCACGUUGGUGUUACAUCAGCAGUGUUGUUGUUGAGGAGUCUUCACUCUUCACAGUUUACACACACCGAACACUCGGUCAUCGCGCUCUGGUGGGAUCCAUCUGGCAGCAGAAGUAAAAGCAACGUGGCGUCAUUGACAUGCGACUAUGCGAGGGUUGGUUGGGUCAUGGGUGUCGUCGUUGGGAUCUCUCGCAGCGGAUAUUGGCACUCAAAUCUCCCUAAAAACUUAUCUAAAGACGUCCAAAUGAGUCGUGAGGCUUUUGCUCCUUCGCCACCAACCCUGCCUAUCUAUAGACUUUUUUCUGCUUCUUUGACCCCACCAAACCCCCGCAACCAAACCAACAACCUCCCGUCCCUCUCCGUCAGACAUAUAUUUGUAUCCAAUAAAACUCUUUCUAUAUAUAUAUAUAUAUAUAUCAUUUCUGCGAGUUGAUCUCCCAUCUCAACCGAUGGAGGUGGUGUCACCCACGCCAGCGAAAUCCGUUCUCCCUUCCCAUUCUUCUCAUUGUUCACGUCCUUCUUCUUUUUCUUCUUCUUCUUCUUCUUGGAUCUCUUCUCCUUAUAAUAUAUCGAAUGGUUCGAUCGGGUCCUCAAAUUCUCGUCAUGGAGGAUCUAGGCUUCGGAUCAUCAGCAGAAUUUGUGACAGAGUGCCGUGGAAGAAUCAAGGUGGAACUUGUUCCAGUAGCAGUACUAGCAGUGGCAGUAGCGCAUGCAACGGCAACGGUGGCUUUGGGUUUGUAUUAGGUGAGAGAGUAGAGGAGAAAAGGAGGCGUGAAAAGGCGGCGAGAGUUGUGAUAUGCGGUGCAGGGGCGGGAGGGAUCGGUAGGGAAGAAGAAGCAAUCCGGAUCCCGGAGAGAGCAAAGGUGGUGGCUUUGGUGUCCUUGGUGAUGUGCCUCUGCAAUGCCGAUCGCGUCGUCAUGUCCGUCGCCGUGGUCCCCCUCGCCGCCAAAUAUGGCUGGUCCAGCUCCUUCCUGGGGAUCGUCCAGUCUUCGUUUCUGUGGGGAUAUCUGUUCUCAUCUGUCGCUGGUGGAGCUCUGGCAGACAGAUACGGCGGGAAGAGAGUGAUGGCAUGGGGGGUGGCUCUCUGGUCCCUUGCCACUUUCCUCACUCCAUGGGCUGCUGACCACUCCACCGCGAUGCUUCUGGCAGUCCGUGCUCUGUUUGGCCUUGCCGAAGGUGUUGCCUUGCCUUCCAUGAACACACUCUUAUCCCGUUGGUUUCCUUGCCAUGAACGAGCAAGCGCGGUGGGCCUAUCAAUGGCUGGGUUUCACCUAGGAAAUGUUAUAAGUUUCUUGGCAACACCUGUCAUAAUGUCAAGCAUUGGACUUGCUGGGGCAUUUUCUCUGUUUGCGUCACUUGGGUUUAUGUGGCUAUCUCUCUGGGUAAAUGGGGUCACAAAUGAUCCUGGAGACAGUCCUCUGAUCAGCACUUAUGAGUUGCAAUUGAUCCGAGCUGGGAAGACAGAUGUCUCUUCUUCCAGCGGCUCCAAAUUUCCACCUCUUCGCCAUUUGCUGUCCAAGCUGCCUACAUGGGCUAUCAUCUUUGCCAAUGUUACCAACAACUGGGGCUACUUUGUGCUUCUUUCAUGGAUGCCUGUGUACUUCAAGACUGUAUAUAAUGUGAAUCUUAAACAAGCCGCAUGGUUUAGUGCUGUGCCUUGGGGUAUGAUGGCCAUAUCAGGUUACAUAGCUGGAGCCGCCUCUGAUUCUCUAAUUGCUUCUGGCUAUCCUGUAACUAGAGUUCGCAAAAUCAUGCAGUCAAUUGGUUUCAUUGGGCCCGCACUGGCAUUGUUGUGCUUGAAAUACGCUCAAACUCCCAAUGCAGCAGCGUUUUUAAUGACUGUUGCGUUGAGCUUCAGCUCUUUCAGCCAGGCUGGCUUCCUGCUCAACAUGCAGGAUAUUGCACCGCGGUAUGCAGGAUUCCUUCAUGGGAUUACAAACUCUGUUGGUACACUUGCUGCAAUAAUCAGCACCAUAGGAACCGGCUACUUCGUGCAGUGGUUGGGCUCCUUUCAGGCCUUCCUGACACUCACCUCAGCCCUCUACUUCAUCACCACCAUCUUCUGGAAUCUCUUUGCCACCGGGGAGCAAGUUUUCUAUUAAUCUUUUUUUGUAAACAUUCUUUGCCAUUCCCAGGUAUUAUAAUUGUCAUAUAGUCAUAUAUAUCUAUAUAUAUAUAUAUAUUAUUGUAAAUUUUAUAUUACCAACAUCUAAAUUGGGGUGAGCUGUUCAAG